AUGAUGGACGAUGACGGCGGCCAGGAGCUGGGUGUCGCAGAACCCCGGAGGCGCGACAUCUGCAAUAUCAACAACAGCAGUGACAGUUUGGGCUGCCGCCCCUUUCUGCUACAGCUUCCUGGUGGUCGUCGAGUACGCGUCGAUUCCGUGCAGUCAGCCCUUCGGUUGUACUCAAGGAUAUCCAGCCGGUCCGUUCCCCAGCAGCAGCUGGGUGGUGUUCCCCGCCCCAUUGCCCAGCGCAUCUUCCUGCGGCGCGGAUGGACCGGGCGGAGCAGCAUCACCAGCAUCAGCGUCGGCGGCGGAAUCUUUGCCCAGCUUCGUUUUCCGUCGACGUUCUCUGCGGUGAUGCCGCCGCCGCUCGUGCUCGUGCGUGGACGCGCCGGGGCCGACGGCGCCAUCGUCCUCUCUACCCCCGCCGCCGCCGUUGGUUUGGCAUCGCGGGUUUUCAGCACGUGUCCUCUCCUCCUCCCCGGCCUGAGUAGCACAACCGCCGGCGGGGGAACGCAGACAGUGCUAUCCCUGCAGCAGCAGCUCCUCACCCUCCCGUCGACGGCCAGCGUGUUCUCUGGCUCGUCGGGUGCAAUCGGGACGGCUGUGUGGUACCGCUGGAUGUCAGCCUCCCAGCGCUCGGUCGCGGCGCGGUGGGUCUCGGAGGCUAUGUGCGGACCUCUCGAACCUUCUCGCGGGCUCGGCGCUUUCGGCACCAUCCACGGACCACUUGCAGCCUGCUGGUGGACGGCGGCGGUGGUGGCCGCGGCGGCGCGGCCGGCGGUGGUCGCGCGGGCGGCGGUGACCGGGGACACUGGAGCCGCGUUCUCCCCCUGCACUCCUUCCUCGACCGGAGAGUGCACUGUCGACGCCUACUCCGUCGAUACCUCCGAGGCCGGCGACAGGUUUUCCCGCGGUGGUAGCGUGCCCGCCAUCUCCCCCGCCGACUGGGCGCUGCCGGCCUGGGGCUCGGCACUGUCGUCGUCGUCUUCUUCUGGUGCCCGCGAGGGGGCGGACAAGACCGGCGCCGCCGCCUCGACCGUCGGGGAGCAGCCCUCGUGUCCGAUGCUCGCCAGCCUGAGUGAGAGACUGGAGAGCGGCCCGGUGCCUUCGGCGUUUGGGUUCGCUGGGCGUGGUCGCGGCUGCCCGCCCCACCUCUCUGCGUCGCCGACGUUUUCGGGAACCGCUGCGGGCACGGCGACGGAAGACGGGGCGGCGGCGGCGGCGGCGCGGACGGCGGUGGUCGCGCGGGUGGCGGUGACCGGGGACACUGGAGCUGCGUUCUCCCCCUGCACCCCUUCCUCGACCGGAGAGUGCACUGUCGACGCCUACUCCGUCGAUACCUCCGAGGCCGGCGACAGGUUUUCCCGCGGUGGUAGCGUGCCCGCCAUCUCCCCCGCCGACUGGGCGCUGCCGGCCUGGGGCUCGGCACUGUCGUCGUCGUCUUCUUCUGGUGCCCGCGAGGGGGCGGACAAGACCGGCGCCGCCGCCUCGACCGUCGGGGAGCAGCCCUCGUGUCCGAUGCUCGCCAGCCUGAGUGAGAGACUGGAGAGCGGCCCGGUGCCUUCGGCGUUUGGGUUCGCUGGGCGUGGUCGGGGUUGCCCGCCCCACCUCUCCGCGUCGCCGACGUUUUCGGGAAUCGCUGCGGGCACGGCGACGGAACACGGGGCCGCAGCGGCGGCGGCGGCGGCAGGUGCUGUCCCGGCCGCGGCCUACGGUGCGUGUGCAUCGUACUCCGGGUACGCCUCGCACGCCGGCGGUGACAGGCGAGGCCGUUAUGUGCUGGAGAACAUGGACCUCCUGGACGCCGCCGACGAGAACAAGGGGGCCGCCGCGGCAGCCAGCCGCAAGGACGACGACGACGGCAAGAUGAAGACUGACGCCAUCUACGGCAACCAGUCCGUCGACCAGUCCGGCGCCGAAGUGCUGAUGGGGAUCGGAGGCCGCUCGUCGCUUCAGGUGAUGCGGGUGAGCGGGCUUGACGCGGCGCUGAAGCCUUCCAGCGGCUCGUCCGACUGCACGCAGGAGGAGGAGGCGUCGCCGACAGAGAGCAAGAAGAUGCAGCGGCACCGGUGCGAGGAGCUUGACACUGACGAGGACUACCUCGCCAAGAUCGACCCUAUGACGGAAGAGGUGUCGUCGCUUUUGCAGAAGACUCUGACCGCCGCGGUCAGCGUCGCUCCGCCCACGCCACCGCUCACCCCCGCAUCCACGAUGUCGUCUCCCGCGGAUUCCUUCCACGGGUCGACCCGGGCCGUGUUCUUCGGGAGCGGCUACAACGAGAACGACAGCGGCGCUAUCUUUGAGAGCGUGAACGAAGACUCCCUGCUGUACCUGGGCGUCGUCGCUGAGGACGGCUGGGUGCCGAACGAGGAAGCUAGGGCAAAGCUGGACCAGCUGGGACAGCCGCUGAGCUUCUUUAUGGCACAGUCUGACGAGAGGGACGAUGACACCCUCAGUUUCGAAGAGAAAGGGGUGAGCCUUCGAUAGAUGGACUGCUAUGCAUGGUUUUCGGGCACACGAUGGCCUUCAACAGGUCGAUACCAUCUGGUGUUGUUGUCGGCACAGAAACAAAAACAAACAUCUUCCCAUCUCUUGAAAAACAAGGAAGAAAUCCCCGUUGUCGCAAGAUAUCUCAAAACAACCGACUAUCGUACGCAGAAACGAACCAAUCGUGAAAACGAGCAAGCUCCAAGGGAAACAAGCCCUGUGGUUCCGCGAAUCUGCGUGGCUCAGUAGAAACUAUUGUGCAUUAAGCAAAAAAACCGAAGUGCGUCGCACUCGGAAUACAGGCAGGUGUUGG